UCCAUCCAUCCAUUUGUUCUGUUCAUUGUCCCUUUGACACUGCUGAGGAUUCAGGAGGCACUGCCUUUUGGUAGAAGUGGGUGUUUUUGGAGCUGUCAUUGUGUUUAGUUCUGCUACAAUAGACGGCUGAGCGCGAGUGAGCCAGCGAGCAACAGAGAUAAGAAGAAGAGCCCGCAAGAGGAAGGGGAGACCCGGGACCUCAGGCACAGCACGCACAUCCCGUGGAAGGUGAAUUGUGAUGAAAGGGAGAACCGAAACAGGGACUGACAAGCGUUUGAAUAUAGCUGUUGUUAUUGACGGCACCUGCUCUGACGCUGGUGUUUGGCUUCUGCCGUUCUGUUGCUAAGCAAAGUCUCCAAAGCUGAAGUUCUCAUCGGGUGGUUCACUGCGUGUGUGUGUGUGUGUCGUUGCAGCCAUGAAGGGGGACUCGGAGGAAAGCAUCGAGAGCAUCAGGCCUUCCAACCUGCAAGCCUUCGCCAACAUGUCCACCCUGCAUGGCAUGAGCCACAUCUUCGCCUACGGCCACAUGACGUUCAGAAGGUUCCUCUGGACGCUGUCCUUCCUGGGCUCGCUGGGCUUACUGAUGCUGGUCUGCAUGGACCGGGUGUCCUACUACUUUGAGUAUCCCCACGUCACCAAGCUGGACGAGGUGGCAGCCCCCAACCUUACCUUCCCUGCCGUCACCUUCUGCAACCUCAACGAGUUCCGAUUCUCCAAGAUCACCAGGAACGAUUUAUAUCACGUGGGGGAGCUUUUGGCCCUGCUGAACUCCGAGUACAAAAUUGCCAACCCUCAUUUGGCUGAGCCAGAGGUUCUGGCUUCCCUCAAGGAUAAGGCCAACUUCCCGGCCAACUACAAGCCCAAACUGUUCAAUAUGACUGACUUCUACAACCGCACAGGUCAUGAUAUCGGUGACAUGCUCCUGCAGUGCACAUUCCGUGGAGAGGAAUGCUUCCCAGUGAACUUCUCUACCAUCUACACUCGCUAUGGAAAAUGCUACACCUUCAACUCUGGACUGGACGGUAACCCACUGUUGACCACAUUAAAGGGUGGCACAGGAAACGGGCUGGAGAUCAUGUUGGAUAUUCAACAGGAUGAAUACUUGCCAGUUUGGGGGGAGACAGACGAGACGUCCUACGAAGCAGGCAUCAAGGUUCAGAUCCACAGCCAGGACGAGCCCCCGUUCAUAGACCAGCUGGGAUUUGGUGUGGCCCCUGGUUUUCAAACUUUUGUGUCAUGUCAGCAGCAACUGCUCCAGUACCUGCCCCCUCCCUGGGGAGACUGCAAGUCCACUCCUAUCGACUCAGAGUUCUUCUCCACGUACAGCAUCACAGCCUGCCGCAUCGACUGUGAGACACGCUACCUUGUGGAGAACUGCAACUGCAGGAUGGUCCACAUGCCCGGAUCCUCAACAGUGUGCACACCUGAGCAGUAUAAAGACUGUGCAGACCCAGCUCUCGACUUCUUGGUGGAGAAAGACAAUGAUUACUGUGUGUGUGAGACACCCUGCAACAUGACACGCUAUGGGAAGGAGUUGUCCAUGGUUAAGAUUCCCAGUAAGGCCUCUGCCAAGUAUCUGGCCAAGAAAUUCAACAAGACUGAGCAAUACAUUGGAGAAAACUUAUUGGUCAUGGACAUCUUCUUUGAAGCUCUGAAUUAUGAGAAGAUUGAACAGAAGAAGGCUUAUGAAAUCGCCGGGCUACUGGGUGACAUUGGUGGCCAGAUGGGACUGUUUAUUGGAGCCAGUGUUUUAACAAUACUGGAAAUAUUUGACUACUUGUAUGAGGUGUUUAAGGAUAAGGUUUUGGGUUACUUCCUAAACAAGAAGCGACCCCGGCGUUGUCAGAGCGACAAUCUGUCACCCUCAUCUUUCUUUUCAUCAUGUCUAUUCCAGGAGUUUCCAGAGAACCCAACCAGCCCUGGUGUCACGCCUAAUCAUGCCCCCAGAGCACCUGUGACACCCUCCGGAGUCACUCGGACAGUCUCGGAUACACGCCGAACAUGUUACCUCGUCACCCGACUCUAGGAAACUUUGAGGAAUUUGCUUGUUGACGACAUAAAAAGGGGAUGGGUGGGUGUGAAAAAUGGGUUUGACAGCAAACUGUGAAAAAAAACAUGUAUUACACACCAACGGAGAGUGUAGACUAAAGAAUAGUACACUAUAUCAAUGCCUGAAAAUAAAUAUAAUAUUACCAUUAGAAUAAUACCACUUCCAAAACAGAACUCAGGUUUAACUGCCAUGUGAAGGCAUCAACAACGCUAUUUGUUACGUUCCAUUCUGUGGCAUGUCCUUCAAUUCAAUGACUUUACAGUGUUUGAAUCAGCCGAGUAAAUUUCAAUAUUUCUCAACGUAAAUCCAAGCAACGUCACUACACAUGGAGUGCCACUGUGCUGGAUGCCAAGUGUCUAGCCAUGGGUAGCUUAACAAAAUCUUUUCAUUCUAUUUGGUUGGACAACAAAAUCAUGCUGCCAUCCAGGUUGAUCUAUGUUCCCUAGGGGCUCAUUGGUGAAAUGAGAAUAUCUUACCUGGAAAAAAUUACUUAAUAAUAGACAGCUGACUUCAUUGUUGCCUUUCUAUUUAAAUAGUUGAAUGUACACAACCAGUUAUUCAAUCCUCUUAUAUAGAAUCCUCUUAGUUCUGAGGGGAAAAAGGUAAACAGUAACCAGACGUUGUACAGAAUAUUUGAAGAGGGUGGAAGGACAGUUUGUGUGACGGAAAUUACAACUUUUUUCCCUUUUUUUCACUUGAAUGGUGAAAUGUUUGUACAUUUGUGGUCUCCCACUCUCUGAGCUAGUGUUGUAAUAUCAGGCAUAGAUUUUUCCAUCAUGGAAAAAGAGAGGAUUUAUCCUUCUGCUGUGUUGGCCCCUCCUGCAUCAGGCCAGUUGAUGCACAUGUCUUUUCACUUGACAUUGCGGGUGUCGCUAAAAUAUAUAUUGUCUUACCACCAUGGCUUUUCAGCCGCAAAGCAUUCUUUAGCACAAUUCCUAAGUGGUAGUAUCUAUUUAAAAUUAGUGGAGUACAAACGUUUUCAAGGUGAUGUUCUCUCUUGACAGAAACAAUUUGUAAAUACCUGCUCAAAUGCCAUGAAGAAAUUCUUUAUAUCUCUUGCGUUGAGACAUUUGUUGGAAGUGAAAAUCAAAGUGUUUCUCCAUUCCUGCUGUUGGGACUUGAAUUUGGAUGGGCUAGCAUUUGGCUUGCCAUUCAUGACACAGAGCCUACCCCAAGGGUUGCCCUGAAUACGUGUAGUUAUCCUAGUGGACCGCAAGUGUCUUCCAGUUUCAAUUUAUUUUGAGGACCGAAUACUGAAUAGAUUUCUGUGAGAUGCAGGAGACUUGCCUCAAAACAUACUUCACCCAUUCUAUUCAGUUGGUUUGUAACACUGCAAUGCAUUGUAUAAUGGCAUCAUUAUAUUCUCUCAUUAUUAGAAUUCCAGUACAUGUAAUACAACUUAAAUGACACAGUUUGUGAUGUAUAAAUGAUCAAAUAUAAUAAACAAUAUAUUUAACCAUCAUCCUAUGUACACAACUUUACUGUGUCUAAUUUCUCUUUUUCCAUAUUUAUCAUUUCAGAGAACUGACUCCAGUUGUUUUAUCUUUUGACUAUGUUAAUAUUGAAGUGCAGUUUUGGUAACAUUUUAGACUUAAUAUUCUUUUGUCUGUGUAUUAGAUGACUGUUGAUGUGAAGCACAAAGCCUAGGAGAUCAGCCAUUGCUCCCAAGCCAAUGACCGUCUAUGAUCAUGACUACCUUAUUGACACUGGUUAUACCAUGUACACCAUGUAAAUAUGUACACUUAUUUCAGCAUUGUCUGGGAAGAGAACAUCGCAAUGAGCCAAAAAAUUUAAACUUUUCAGGAGUGUUUGAAAAUCCGGUUUAUCAGUGUUGUCCUGUUGUGAGCAAUAAAUGCAUUCAUUUAAAAACGAUUUUUGUCAACGCAAAUAAGGCAAUUUGACAUCAUUGGGGUAUUCAUUGUCAAUUCUGAUCCAAAACAAUUCGGAGAGUGAAAUGGUCUGCUGGUCUAUGAAUUACAGUGUGCACCAUGUGUUACAAUGAUCUGAAUUGUUCUUGUUUUAUUGUCUAGAUUUUGAUUGUGUUCCAUCCUAGCCUCUUGGCAGUGCUGUAGGCAUACAGCUACCACCACUGUUGAUAGGACAGCCAAGCUCCCUACAAUUAUUUAUACUUUACGACAAUUUAUUAUAUUAUUCUCUUGCAUGUUUGCAGACAAAAUAUGAGUCAUACAAAUGUUAGUAACAUUUGAUUUGGGUCAUUAUGUUUCAUGAAUUACACAAGGCUGUCUACAUGACCCUUCUCUACUCUCUGACUGCCAGUCAAACAACAGCAUAACUGAGUCCACUUCAUGCAGUAGUCAAAGCUAAAAUAGGACCAUCGAGUUGUAACAUUGUUAGACAUUGUGAGCUCAAACAAUAUUUAAUGGAUAGUUCACUGCAUUAUCAUUUCCAGGUAGAAUACAACAUUAUACACUUCAGUUCAAUGGUUCAAACAUAAUCCUGCAGUGCAUAUUAUGAUUGCACCUACCUCUAUUCCUCCUUGCAUGACCAUGGUGUAUUCCCACCUUAUGUACUCUCAGACAUGUUACUGACUUUGUAAUGUUUGAAUGUGGUAUGCUGGAGCCAGAUGAAACAAAUGUACUAUAGUUUUAACAAUUGCUGAGAUUAUGCAUUGUGACAAGGUCUCUUUAUUUAUAUGGAAAGUCUCCAAAUGAGUAAAGACUACCAAACCAAUGAAAAGAGUGUGUUUAGGCGUUGGGAUUUGAUGUAACUUCCAGUAAAACUGGAUCUUCCGGGAUCACGUACAGACAUACGUCUCAUAAGAUGUACUGUGGCCUUCUGGGAACAGGGUUUUGCUUCAUUUGGCUCUAUGAAUCUAUGUGCAGUCUUUGUGAUUUUAACUCUGAACUCAAGUAAACAUUAAAUAGUUAACAACCUGUCUUAAUCAAGUGUAAUGUUCU